GGAAGCGGCGCAGGCUGCCCCUGACAUGGAGAAGGUGCAGAGAUACGAAGCGUUCGUGACAGACACCCUGCAGCGAGACCUGAGGAGAGUAUUGGAGAACCGCGAUAGUGUGUAUGAGAAAAUCAGCCAGUACCUGCAGCUGAAGAAUGUCAUUGAGAGACUACAGGAGCUGGAUUCUGGGCCCCUCCAAACGCAGGUUGAUCUAGGCUGCAAUUUCUACGUAAACGCUGAGGUCCCUGACUCCUCUAAGAUCUUUCUGGCUUUGGGAUUUGGUUUCUUUGCUGAGCUGACCCUGGGUGAAGCUCUGAGGUUUAUCGAAAAGAAAAGCAAAAUGCUGACACAAAUCAGUGACAAUCUGACCAAAGACGCUGCAAAUAUUAAGGCUCAUAUCAGGCUGGUACUAGAGGGUCUUCGUGAAUUACAGGACCUUCCAAAUGAGCCAAUACUGCAAUGAUGACGGGGGGAGGUCAGAGGACUCGCCACCAACGCUCCCAGUGCAGGAUAACUGGAACUCUGACAUAAUUCUGGAAGACAAGCAGCCUGUUCCAUAUGUGUGUGCGUACGUGUGGGUGUGUGUUUACAGUGCGUGCACAAGCCAAGGCCUUGCGUAUUGCACUCCCUUUAGAGCCCCGUAAUACGGGAUAAUAAACUAAUUGCAAAACUUAA